GACUCGAGCUACGGUGCCCUCCCGCUGUUCCUUGGAACCAAUCAUUUGUCAACACGCAGGCUCGGUCGGCUCCCGCCAACCCUCCGUCUUUCUUGGAACCACGCAAAUUCGGGCUUUUCUUCUUUUUUUUUUUUUUCCUACCCCGGCACACUACAUACGUGACAAGUAUCCAUACAUGUUAGGGACGGCUUUACUUCCGGUACCCUGGCCAGGCACCUCAAACUACGAUGCUAUCCGGCCGAAGUUUUUUCCCCUGUUAGGAUUGUCCUUCCUCGUUUACCACUACUCGUUUGCAAUUCGACUCGUGUUCGCCUUGUCCGGAACUUUUCGCUCGGUCUCGGUCGCAGUAACCACCUCACCAAUUCACUUGUCCAUUGGUUGGCACCAUUUUCCAUCGAUUUCUCUCCGCGAUUACAGUAGGCAUGGCAACCAACCAGGCACCAAUUCAGUUACCAGGUCGCUUCAGGCACCCAGCAACCCAACCAGCUUAGGACUGGUUAAUGAGAGCGGGAGCACGGCGGGUAGGAGAACAGAUCUCGAUCACGCUUCAUGGCGGAAGUGGCGGGCGGUACUUGAGUGCUCAGGUACCUUCUAGUGGCUGCAUCUGCUAGUCUUGGCGAAGUGACCGGGGAUGGGACAGAAACUAAACCUUGGCAUCCGGCCUUUCCCUCCUUACCUCAACCCGACAGGUUCUUUCUAUCUUAUCUUUGCCUCCUUCUUAAGCCCUUCCUGAAACUACUGUACUCUUG